CCAAGAGAACUUCUAUCUUUUUUGAUCGCAUUUUCUAUCCGUUGCCGAAACCUAUAGCCACCAUGGCAGCCAACGAUUUCAGUGAGAUUGCGAGGCAGUUCGUCGAGUUCUACUAUAACCAAUUCGACUCGGACCGCAAGGGGCUUGCCAGCCUUUAUCGCGAGCAAUCUAUGCUUACUUUCGAGAGCGGCUCCGUUCUUGGUGCGGGUCCUAUCGUCGAGAAGCUUUCGUCUCUCCCUUUUGAGAAGGUCAAGCACCAGGUCUCGACCCUAGACUCUCAGCCCACCGUGGAGGGUGGUAUUCUGAUCCUGAUUACCGGGGCGCUACUGGUGGACGAGGAACAACGACCCAUGAACUUUACGCAAGCCUUCCAACUCAUGCGAGACCCAUCAGGCGGCUAUUUCGUCUUCAACGACAUCUUCAAGCUUAUUUUCGGCUAGAGUCGUGAGAGGGGGGUGGGGACUUAAGACGUUGGCGACAAGCUCCGGGGCCCGGAAGCGGUGAGCACUCUCUCAUGCGGGCUACGCUGUCACGGCGAGGCGACCCGGUUAGGUAAACGGAGCAUGAACUAGGUUACGUAGCUUCUGAGACACCCGCGUAUCCGUGAUACAUAAUGCGACAUUCCGUCG